GGGAAGGGGGGGGGAACCUGGGCAGCGGCUGGGCUCUGUGGCUUCAGGGCUCGGGUAGAGAGAGGGAGGGUGGCAAAGAGAGUGAGUCGGUGCCGCCGCCUGCCUGAGAAGAGAGGAGGGGUCCCGCCUGCCUGCGCCCUUCGCGGGCCGAGAGCGCGAGGCACCCACGAACCUCUGAGGCCUCCCGGCCCCUGGGGACCCCGCCCCGCCGCCGGCCGGGCGGCCCGCGGCCUCUCUUCCCUUUGUGAGCGCCCCCUUCCCAGGGGUGGUGGUGGUGGCAGAGGGCUGUGCGUGGGCCCGCCCGCCGAGGGGCCGCGACGGGGGACCGACAGGGCCUCGGCUGUGUGCGGAAGGGAGGCGGCCGAGGCCCGGGCCGGUUCCCCCGAAGCGGCAGCGGCUCCCGGCACUUCCCCGCGCCAUCUUAGCUGAGCCCAAGCGCUGAGGGCACCUCCUCGACCCCGGUCGUCCCUUGGCCCCCCCCCCGCCCCUUGUCGCAGAGUUGGGCUGGGCUGCUCGCUGGGGCUCCGCGGGGUGGGGGGGGCGGCAGUGUGUCGCCAGACCCCCUCCUCCUCACUCCUCGCCCUCCAGUGUAGCGGCUACCUGAGCGCUGUAGGGGGCUGCGCCUGCCUACUCCGCCCCAGAUCUGCCGGCGAAAGGUUUAUGCCAACGUGGCUUCAUUCAUACAGAUGAACCAAGGAUUGGGAUAGCAGUAUAAAAUUAGAAUCAGACAGCUGAUUGCCCAGCAGGAUGCCAUCAACUAACAGAGCAGGCAGCCUCAAGGACCCUGAAAUUGCAGAGCUCUUCUUCAAAGAAGAUCCAGAGAAGCUCUUCACAGAUCUCAGAGAAAUUGGCCAUGGCAGCUUUGGAGCAGUGUAUUUUGCACGAGAUGUGCGUACCAAUGAAGUGGUGGCUAUCAAGAAAAUGUCUUAUAGUGGAAAGCAGUCUACUGAGAAAUGGCAGGAUAUUAUUAAGGAAGUCAAGUUUCUGCAAAGAAUAAAACAUCCCAACAGUAUAGAAUACAAAGGCUGCUAUUUACGUGAGCACACAGCAUGGCUCGUAAUGGAAUAUUGUUUAGGAUCCGCUUCAGAUUUGCUGGAAGUUCACAAAAAGCCAUUACAAGAAGUGGAAAUAGCAGCAAUUACACAUGGUGCUCUCCAGGGAUUAGCCUACUUACAUUCUCAUACCAUGAUCCAUAGAGAUAUCAAAGCAGGAAAUAUUCUUCUGACUGAACCAGGCCAGGUGAAACUUGCUGACUUUGGAUCUGCUUCCAUGGCAUCUCCUGCCAAUUCUUUUGUGGGAACGCCAUAUUGGAUGGCCCCAGAAGUAAUUUUAGCCAUGGAUGAAGGACAGUAUGAUGGCAAAGUAGAUGUAUGGUCUCUUGGAAUAACAUGUAUUGAACUAGCGGAAAGGAAGCCUCCUUUAUUUAAUAUGAAUGCAAUGAGUGCCUUAUAUCACAUAGCCCAAAAUGAAUCCCCUACACUACAGUCUAAUGAAUGGUCUGAUUAUUUUCGCAACUUUGUAGAUUCUUGCCUCCAGAAAAUCCCUCAAGAUCGCCCUACAUCAGAGGAACUUUUAAAGCACAUGUUUGUUCUUCGGGAGCGCCCUGAAACAGUGUUAAUAGAUCUCAUUCAAAGAACAAAGGAUGCAGUAAGAGAGCUAGACAAUCUGCAGUAUCGAAAGAUGAAGAAACUCCUUUUCCAGGAGGCACAUAAUGGACCAGCAGUAGAAGCACAGGAAGAAGAAGAGGAACAAGAUCAUGGUGUUGGACGGACGGGAACUGUGAAUAGUGUUGGAAGUAAUCAGUCUAUUCCCAGUAUGUCCAUCAGUGCCAGUAGCCAAAGCAGUAGUGUUAACAGUCUUCCAGAUGCCUCAGAUGACAAGAGUGAGCUAGACAUGAUGGAGGGAGAUCACACAGUGAUGUCUAAUAGUUCUGUCAUCCAUUUAAAACCUGAGGAAGAAAAUUACAGAGAAGAGGGAGAUCCCAGAACAAGAGCAUCAGAUCCACAAUCUCCACCCCAAGUAUCUCGUCAUAAAUCACACUAUCGUAAUCGAGAACACUUUGCUACUAUACGGACGGCAUCACUGGUUACCAGGCAAAUGCAAGAACAUGAGCAGGACUCCGAGCUUAGAGAACAGAUGUCUGGCUAUAAGAGAAUGAGGAGACAACAUCAAAAGCAGCUGAUGACUCUAGAAAAUAAGUUAAAGGCUGAGAUGGAUGAACAUCGCCUCAGAUUAGACAAAGAUCUUGAAACUCAGCGUAACAAUUUUGCUGCAGAAAUGGAGAAACUUAUCAAAAAACAUCAGGCUGCUAUGGAAAAAGAGGCUAAAGUGAUGGCCAAUGAAGAGAAAAAAUUCCAGCAACAUAUUCAGGCCCAACAGAAGAAAGAACUAAAUAGCUUUUUGGAGUCCCAGAAAAGAGAAUAUAAACUUCGAAAAGAACAGCUUAAGGAGGAGCUGAAUGAAAACCAGAGCACUCCAAAAAAAGAAAAACAGGAGUGGCUUUCAAAGCAAAAGGAGAAUAUACAGCAUUUCCAAGCAGAAGAAGAGGCUAAUCUUCUUCGACGUCAGAGACAAUACCUAGAGCUGGAAUGCCGUCGCUUCAAGAGAAGAAUGUUACUUGGGCGCCAUAACUUGGAGCAGGACCUUGUCAGGGAGGAAUUAAAUAAAAGGCAGACCCAAAAGGACUUAGAGCAUGCCAUGCUACUGCGACAGCAUGAGUCCAUGCAGGAACUGGAGUUCCGCCACCUCAACACAAUUCAGAAGAUGCGCUGUGAGCUGAUCAGAUUGCAGCAUCAAACUGAGCUCACUAACCAGCUGGAAUAUAAUAAGCGAAGAGAACGAGAACUAAGGCGAAAGCAUGUCAUGGAGGUUCGACAACAGCCCAAGAGCCUGAAGUCUAAAGAACUCCAAAUAAAAAAGCAGUUUCAGGACACUUGCAAAAUCCAAACCAGACAGUACAAAGCAUUAAGAAAUCACCUACUGGAGACUACACCAAAGAGUGAGCACAAAGCUGUUCUGAAACGUCUCAAGGAGGAGCAGACCCGGAAGUUAGCCAUCUUGGCUGAGCAGUAUGACCACAGUAUUAAUGAAAUGCUGUCCACACAAGCUCUGCGUUUGGAUGAAGCACAGGAAGCAGAGUGCCAGGUUUUGAAGAUGCAGCUACAGCAGGAACUGGAGCUGUUGAAUGCAUAUCAGAGCAAAAUCAAGAUGCAAGCCGAGGCACAACAUGAUCGAGAGCUUCGGGAGCUUGAACAGAGGGUCUCCCUCCGUAGGGCACUCUUAGAACAAAAGAUUGAAGAAGAGAUGUUGGCUUUGCAGAAUGAACGCACAGAAAGAAUACGAAGCCUGCUGGAGCGUCAAGCCAGAGAAAUUGAAGCUUUUGACUCUGAAAGUAUGAGACUAGGUUUUAGUAACAUGGUCCUUUCUAACCUCUCCCCUGAGGCAUUCAGCCAUAGCUACCCAGGAGCUUCUGGUUGGUCUCACAAUCCUACUGGGGGUCCAGGACCUCACUGGGGUCAUCCCAUGGGUGGCCCACCACAAGCUUGGGGCCAUCCAAUGCAAGGUGGACCCCAGCCAUGGGGUCACCCCUCAGGGCCAAUGCAAGGGGUACCCCGAGGUAGCAGUAUGGGAGUCCGCAAUAGCCCUCAGGCUCUGAGGCGGACAGCUUCUGGGGGACGGACGGAGCAGGGCAUGAGCAGAAGCACGAGUGUCACUUCACAAAUAUCCAAUGGGUCACACAUGUCUUAUACAUAACUUAAUAAUUGAAAGUGGCAAUUCCGCUGGAGCUGUCUGCCAAAAGAAACUGCCUACAGACAUCGUCACAGCAGCCUCCUCACUUGGGUACUACAGUGUGGAAGCUGAGUGCAUAUGGUAUAUUUUAUUCAUUUUUGUAAAGCGUUCUGUUUUGUGUUUACUAAUUGGGAUGUCAUAGUAUCUGGCUGCCGGGUUUUGUUUGGGGUUUUUUUUUUGUUUGUUUAAUCUUUUGAUAGAAAUUAUGAAAAGGGGAAUCCUGAAAGCUGCAAAAACAGAAUGCAGCAAAGUGGUUUGAGUCGUCACUUUUGGGCAACUGUAUCCUAAGAAGUUUGUGAAAAGAUCUAAAGCCUUUCUCCAUAUCCCCAAUUCUUAUGAGCCACUCACAGCAGGCAGCAUAUGCUGAAACAAGUUAUUAUGGAAACACACUUGUAUCCCCAAUGUAUUUUCUUUAUUAAAUUGGUCUGACUUCUCAGCCUCAUUUGGAGUAAAAAAAGUGGAAAUCCAUGAACACUAAAGGAUUGCAUUAACUUUUUCAGAGUAGAAAACAACUUAGUUCUUUUUCUGAAUGCUGCAUAGGUGUAUCAGUGACUUUUUUUUUUUUUUUUGGCCAUUCAAUUGUGCCUUCUUUGUGGCAUGGUGAGAUGGAGGUGCUUAAAGAGAUCACCAGUGGUGUAGGAAUUACAUCAACAAACCUGUGAGCCUUCAAAGGAGAAGACCAGAGGGUGAGAGAGGUCCCUGAAAGUUCAUAUGGUACGGUAUGUUCAGCAGCAGAGAGAGGAGAUGAAGCUUGUAUGUCCUGACGUUUUGUUGCUUAUACUGUGAUAGUUCAUCCUAGCUAAGCUCUAUAACUCCCAAGACCCAAACAGUACUUUUACUUUGUACAAAAAAGACAGAUAGCCAAUACAAAUCAAAUGCCAAAGGUAUUUGAAUGAUGCCAUAUUUGUAAACUACUAUCUAUUGGAAUUCUCAUCACACUACAUAGACAGUAAUCUGAUUACCCUGUUUUGGCUUAUGCGAUUUCUUGUUUACAAGUAGAAUAGCCAAUUAUUUAAAUGUUUAGUUGCCACAGUGAACCAGGAAUCACUGAGCCAAUGACUACCAGCUGCUGACUAACCUCAUCACCACUGUAGAUUUUGGUGCAUGUGCAGGUCGUCGUCUUUUUUUUUUUUUAAUUGCUGUUUUUGUUGCUGUAGUACUUUACAAACUUCUAGUUCCUUGAGACUUAGUGACCAUUUGGCAUCAUGUUAACAUCAUACAGUAGGAAACACCACUUCCAGAAGUCUCUAGCCCCAGUGCUAAAUUACUACUGAAAAGGAACUAGCAAGUUUGGCAAAUUAAAAAAGAAAAAGUAAAGUAAAUUAUAGUGGUCAGGGAAUCUCUUGACAAAAGCUAACAUUUUUUUCCAGAGAGGGGCAUGUUUUGUUUUGCUUUGCUUUGCUUUUUGUUUUGUCUUGUUUUGCAAUGAAGGAAUUUUGCAAUGCUGAAAGAUGUUACUUGGUAUUCCAAUGCCAGUGUGGAAAUUUAGUUGAAGGUGGUUAGGGAGCUAUGAGUACUUGAAGGAGAAAAAAAAUGUUCUUUCCAGUGACACACCAGAGUUUCUUACAAGUUAAUUGUCCUGCCCCCUCCCCAGUUGUCUUGAAGAACUCUUGCUUUUAACUCUGGAUCCUACUUUUCAUAUAGUUUGAGGGGCUCCAAGUUAGAAUUCUUUAAAUCUCUCUUAGACCAGACUGAUGCACAAACAGUAAUUUAUCACUGUUGAAAUCUUGGUUUUCUCAACCAAAUUUAAGUCUUCCCCAGGUAUAUCAGUCCAAUCUCCAUGAAUCUUCCCUUUCAGGAGUUUCUAGCAUUCAUUUAAAGGUAACUGGAAGAAAAAUAUUUUAACAUAAAUAUUUUUUAAACUGAUAACAGUAGAAUUCAUACAUAAUUUUAGGCAGUGUUUCAGGUAGCACUCUGACACAUUGUCCUCUUGGCUAUGCUUGAGAUCACCAGUUUUUAGUUGAACAUGACAUGUAUUUGUCAUAUCUAAUGAAAGGAGCUUUUAAUUUUCUCAGUUUUUUGUUUUGUUUUGUUUUUUUUGCAUUCAAAUAUUAUACAAUAUUUUAAACAAAUUGAGAUAUCUACCUAUUUGGAGGAAAAUGAUAGAAGAGAGCUUGUUAGCCCCUCUGUACUGGAGGGGUGACCUAGGGAAGCAGAUCAGUUUUGUAUACAAACCUCUUUAAAAUCCAAAGUAUUACCAGUGAUACAUGUUAAAGUCCACUUGUGAACUUAAAUUAGUCAAACUGAGUUACUGAGUUCAUGCAGAACAUAUGUACUCGCAAAAUCGGGACUGAAUACUGACGCCAAAUGUCUUAUCUGGUAGGACUUUGUAUCUGAUUUACUUGUGUGGCAACCAGUUUUACAUGUAGUUCAUGAGUAUACAUGGUUUAUUCCAUUAAAUUUUAAUUAAAAUAUAUACAGUUUGUAAAAAUGAUUCAAAUUAAUUGGUUUGUGUGUGUUUAUAAAAUCUCACUUCUGAGGAAUCUCAUACAUUUUAGGAAUCAUCAAAGAGUAAAGCUUGUAGCAGGAAAAUUUGAAAGGUUUUAAGAGAUCCUCAAGAAAGAAGCAGGCACUUUCUGAAUCAGUGCGCAAAUGUCAGCAUUUGAUCAAAUUAAUACUACCUCCUCCCCAAGUGUUUGUGUUCACCCGAUAUACAUGUAUUUAAGAAAAUUAAAAGUGUGGGAAAUUUGUCCAGCGUAUCAGAAAGUCGUAAAUGCUAUAUCUGGUAUCCAGAGCUUGGCAGUAAAAAAUUUAUUGUGUUUACUGUCUCUCCCUUUCUUUAGUUAGCAUUUUUAAAAUGCAAAACCCCAUAUCUUGAAAUAUAUUAUUCCUAAUUGGUUCCCCUUCCUUUUGCACAUAUUUUUUCCUCCCUUUAUUUUAAUUUCAGCUCUAACACUAGAUUAUAGUUUCUUCGUUAUAUAGAUAAUGUUAGCUGGAAAGUAUGUUUAUAUUAUUUUUAUUCAGAGCUGCCAUUCUUUUUAGUCAUUUCUAUGCCUAGAGGCGAAUAGCCCUGCAUUUGAUGCCACACCCACAAGUAUAAUAUACUUGGUACUCUGGGCCAAGGAUUUAUUUGUAAAUUGAACUCUUUAGCAUAGUCAUGAUGAUUUUCAGCUGCCCAGACAUCAGGUAAACACCAUUCAGUACACUAAAGGAACUGUCUUUGACACCCUUCCACUCCCACCUACUCUUCCUCACCCCCUUUUCAAAAAUCAAAAACUCUGUGAGUGUCUUUCAGACCAUAAGACAGACUUUAGUAACUUUCUACUUCUUUAAGUGCUAAAUGUCUGGCAUUUUAAACUUUUAUAGAAUACAUUGUGUUAGACACUGGAAUAAUACUGUUUAUUUUCACCUGUGAAAAAUGACUUUAUUGUACUUGAAACACCUCCUUUGCAUUUUCUCCAUUUGUGCCAUUCACUAGUGGAAAUAAAUUGUAUUAUACCAUGAUCUACUGGCUUUUUAAAACUGUGUUAAAUAUGCACAUUUUUGGUAUAGCUGUUAUCAUUUGUAUGUAUAUAUUGUAUAUACAUAUGCGUGUCUGUAUGUAUGUACAGAUAGAUGGAUAUAACUCAUACUGUACAUUUCCAUCAGGGCACUUAGGAUUCUGUUAUUUUGUUAUUUCAAUCCUCAGUUAAGGCAAGUAUGCAUGUGUUUAAGAAAGUAAUCUGGGUUGAUAUUUAUGAGAACAUGGUCAUUAGAUGGAGUCUUUUCUUUUUUUAAUCCCCUCUUAGCACUUGUGUGGGUGGAAAGAAAGUUAAGUAAAAUGUGGAACCAUAAAUUGCAAUGCAGUAAAAUAGUGCUGGUGAAGGAGCCAGUUUCUAUGGGUUUAUGUCAUGAUGCAAUGAAAGAUAAGUGAUGCAGAGAGAAGUGAACCAUGGAAAUUAAAAGCACUGGUGGUGAUUCCUCUGCAAAGAUGAUAAAAACCAGUAAAUCACACAAACUUCAUGUGCACUCAUACAUAUUUCUUAAUAAUAAUUAUUAUUAAUUUUGCUAAACCAAAACAGCCAAGAAAAGAAUUACUGCUAAAGCAUCUAAGGUUCUACAAAUUGUAAAAUGAACAGGAAAUGGCCACUGGGAGAGAAGGAUAUGGUAUUAGCGUGGGGCUUUCUCCCUUUAGCUGCCUCUUCUUGCUUGGUAAUAGUAAGGUUUUUUGUGCACCUUCCACUCCUUCUGAGCCGCUACUAUUCAAGCAGAGAUUUGGCGCAACACAGCUACCCUUUCCUAGGACGUUUAUAUGGUCCUGUUUUGUCCCAUACUUAAAAUGUGAAGUGACUAGUGCAUAUUCAAGUCAGAAAAUAAUAUAUUUAAGGUAUAUAAGUGUGAAUCUCCUAUAAUGAUGGAAGAAGAGGUUCUUGUUUCUUAGAUAGAAAACAGCCUUUUCUAAGGAACAAAACCAAAACCUGGCUGUCAUCUUUGAGCUGCUUACCAAAAUACAGAUCAUUAUUCAAGAAGAACAGAUUCUCUUUUGUUUUCCUUCAUCUAACAUGAUAGUGCCCCCAACUAGGUUGUAGCAUUGCCGUUGAAAAGGCACUCACUCUUAGUUGUUAAGAACUGGACAUUUCCCAUCCUCAGAUUCCUUAAAGAUGGAAGAGUGUGCUGUACACUUAGCAGACUUGCCUCUUGUAUGCAAGGACUACUGAUUGAAGUCUGUUUUGCUGUGUGUCUGGUUAUGUUGUCUGCACUUUUAUGAAAUCACUACAGUAGAUCUACAUUGGAAAUAACUAAUGAAAUAAGUUUUAAACACUGUCUAGAAAAAGAAAGUGAAGCUGAGAACUCUUCCUUUAUUGUGCAUUUUUAUUUUCUACUGAAUUCCGAUAGCCCCCUUUAAAGUCACGUUGAAUAAUUUUCCCCUCAUUUAUAUUCAGACUUCCAAAUUUUCACCCAUGCAAGGGAAGAGAACCCAUUUGGCCUAAUGGUAGCCUUCAGGUUAUAAGAAAUAUAUAAAUUAGUAUGCACCUUAUCUGCCUGUUGUGGGUUUCUUAAACUUGCACUUCCUUCUCACCUACCCUAAAGUAGAUACCCUUUAAAGAAAAUGAAGGCAGAGAAUUAAAACUGGGGAGCCAUUUACUAUGUCACCAGCACUGUUAACUGUUUUCCCAGCAAUCGUAACUUUUUGAAGUUUCAGAGAUUUUUGUGUGUGUAUGUGUAUAUGUAGCUGUGUUGGAUUUGUUUUGUUUUUAAAUAUACAAGAGAUUCUUCUUUGAAUAGAGAAAAAGGUUAAUCUUUUCUGAAACAAGAUACCCACUGGAUAUACUAAUCUGAACAUCUAUAGGUAGUUUGCCAUGAAAAAGUGGAGAGAAGAUGAGACUUCUGAAUGAAUGAAAGGGUAUCUCAAUGCCCAAUAAUUUCCCCCAAAGUACGGGUAAUUUCAACCUGCACAGUUUCCUUUUCACUCAUAGUUUUUAGCAAUUGUGAGUGAAAAUUCAUGUAAUUAUCUGUAAAUAUGUAGCUAACAAAUUGACCUAGUUUCUGUAUUUUUGUUUGUUUUUGUACUAAAGUUUAUAAGUCUGUGCCAGCUAGAGAGGAGUUGCUGUCAUUGCUGGUUGUGGUCCUAGCAUCUAACCCUGAAACUGUCCUAGAUGGCAUUUUUAGAAUUAAUGCUUAAUGUUGUUAAACAGGGAAAUGAUGUUUAAUCAUUGGUCAGAUUUAAAAUCUUUCGAAGUGAAGUCAUUUAAUAUAAUGAUUACAUGUCCUCAAUCAUAAAUGAGGUAGGGAGCCUCCUUCCCCCAGUGGCCAUGUUUACAGAAGUGUGUUUUGUUGAUAAAGUGCAAGAGUUUUAAUAUUCAUGUAAAUUAUGCAGGUAACAUUAUGGCUUGAAACUGUUUAUUGGGCGCUCUAGCUGAAUUUUCAAAUGAAAUGAACUAUUCGUAUUGUUGGCACAUUGAUCCCAUUUCUGGAGCAUUUUUCCUAUUUCGAAAAAUACCUAUAUUCUUUGGUCAUUAUCCCCACUUAACUUUUUUCCGAUAUGCCUUGUAACCUAAGAUCGUUAAAUCUGAUGAACAUAGACAAGGGAAAUGCAUUUUUAAAAAUCCAUGAACCCUCAUUUGUAUGCUUUCAGUACUUGUGUUAAAUGUUUCUAUGGCAACUCUGAGGUCAGUGGAGUUUACGAAUUAGAUACGAAUGUUAAUGAAAAGUGUGUACUCUGCUUUUGCACGGCUUGGCUUAGCAUCAGAGGUAUAUUAGGGCCACUUGAAAGCAUGAAGGCUAGUUGUACGGGAACAGGUUUCUCUCAGUGGCACAUUUUGCUUUUCCUGAGCCCUCAAAUACGUUGCCUCAGCAUGAACAUUAUUGAUACUAUAAAUUGCACAUGGUCAUGGAGUGAGUUGUGUGAUUAAAAAGAUGUAACUGCUUAAUGUUUGCAGAUUCUGGCUGAUCCAUGUGACUGGCGCAUAUCAAACACACAGGGAGUGGGGGGGUGGUACUGGAACCCUUUUAACUCCUUUUUUUGUCAUAGACAAGUAUAGUUAGUUUCAGAUAUUGGCUGCCCCUGGUAUGUUGCCAGACAGCUCUUUUUUGGUGUCCAUUCCAAAUGUGCUUCCUUGCAUUUCAUAUCACAUAAUACCACUCCUCCCCAACAUUUUAUGUGUUAUACUUUUUAUUCCACAUUAAAUGGGAAUCGUGCCUACUUAGAGUGUCCCUCCAAUUAAUUACAUACACGUGUCCUAAAAUAAUCCAAGCCAGAGAUACAAGGUGGGAAAUUUAAAAAAAA